GUUUCCAGUCGUCUCAUGCGUUUGACGUCAAUGUCCUUCGACCCUGCGCCUCCGACGCGAAAAUCAUUUCGGUUUUGGUAAAACACCGGAGGAUUGUGCCAGAUACAGAUAACAAUAACACACACGGAGGAUGAACUUGAAUCCUCGCUGGCUGCUGCUGCUUCUGUCCAUCUCAGCCGAGGUCUGGUCCGUGCCCAUUGAUCGUAAUGGAGGCAAACAGGAGGCCGUGCACAUUGAAGAGGAAAAUCAGGAGGAGAACGUGGACACCGGCCUGUACUACGACAGAUACCUCAGAGAGGUGAUCGAGGUCUUAGAGACGGAUCCUCACUUCAGAGAGAAACUCCAGACAGCCAACACAGAGGAUAUCAAGAACGGUCGUCUCAGCAAGGAGCUGGACCUGGUGGGCCACCAUGUCAGGACCCGGCUGGACGAGCUCAAGAGGCAAGAGGUGUCGCGCCUCAGGAUGCUGCUCAAGGCCAAACUGGACAGCACCAACACACAGAGUCUGCAGAUGGAUCAUGCCUCCCUGCUGAAGCAGUUUGAACAUCUGGAUCCGCACAAUCAAAACACCUUCGAGGCCAAAGACCUUGAGCUGCUUAUCUCAACGGCCACCAAGGAUCUGGAGAACUACGACGCCGAGAGGCACGAGGAGUUCAAACGCUACGAGAUGCUGAAGGAGCACGAGAGACGGGAGUACCUGAAGAGCCUGGACCAGGAGAAGAGGGAGAAAGAGGAGAAGAGGAUGCAGGAGCUGAAGGAGAAACACCGCCAGCACCCCAAAGUUAACGUCCCGGGCAGCGUCGCUCAGCUAAGGGAGGUGUGGGAGGAGACGGACGGUCUGGAUCCGCAGGAGUUCAACCCCAAAACCUUCUUCAAACUGCACGAUACAAAUGAAGACGGAGUUUUAGAUGAGCAGGAGCUGGAGGCUCUCUUCACGAAGGAGCUGGAGAAGGUCUACGACCCGAAGAACGAGGAGGACGAUAUGAUGGAGAUGGAGGAGGAGAGGCUGAGGAUGAGGGAGCAUGUCAUGAAAAAUGUGGAUAUCAACAAAGAUCGGCUCGUCAGCCUGGAGGAGUUCCUCAAAUCCACAGAGAGGAAGGAGUUCAAUAAUGUUAAGGAGUGGGAGACUCUAGACGACACCAAGCCGGUUUACACGGAGGCGGAGCUCCAGCGCUUUGAGGCAGAGCUGAGGGACAAAGAGGAGGAGCUGAAGAGGCGGGCGGACACUCUGCGCCAGGAGCAGGAGCUGCUGAAGGAGAGAGGCAAAGCCCUGGAGGCCCAGAGGAGAGAGUACCAGCAGGCUGUAUUAGAGAUGUCUCAGAGACAGAAGGACCAGCAGGCAGCAGAGGGGCAGCCUCCGACGGGUCCUAACGGAGAACUGCAGUUCCACCAAGACGCGCAAAAAUUAGAGGAUCAAGAAGCAAAAGCCCCAGCUGAACAAGAAGCCGAUGGCCAGAAUAAUCUGCCUGCAGAGCCUCCACAGAAUCUGCCUCUACACACUUAAUGCAGCCUGCUGUGACGGCCUUAACACACACACACACACACACACACACACACACACACACACGUACACAUUUUGAUUUGCACUGACACAGAAAUCCAGAUGGGUUCUGCCAACUGAAUUAUAUGAACUGUAUGUAUAAAUUCAGACAGACUGGCAUGUCUAACAGCGUAUUAUUCUGUGUGUUCAUAUCUGUGGUCUACAGUCCAAUAAAGCUCACAAAUCAUGAGAUGUGUGUAUAAUACUUCAAAGGAUUAAAAACGUCUUGAAUACA